UCGGCUUACCUAGACGAGUCAAAAACCUUCAAAAUUUACUGGAAAAUUAACAAUGAGAAAAAAAGCAUUCAGUUUGCCGCUCGAGUUAAGACUCUCGGUUGGGUCGGCUUUGGUAUUUCGUCAGGCAAUGGUAACAUGAUUGGAUCUGAUGUGAUUAUUGGCUGGGUGAAGGAAAACACAGGAUAUCUCAAGGAUCGUUAUGCUGACGCCAAGGCCCUUCCACCAAUAGAUGCAAAACAGGACUACACUCUGGUAGCAGCAAGAGAGGACAACGGGGAAACCAUUAUUGAAUUCUCUCGUCUGUGGAACACUUGUGACGAGAAAGACAACAAGAUAGAGGAAGGAACGGUUCGAGUUGUCUAUGCUUAUCACACGAACGAUCCAACUUCAGAAGAAAACAUUCCACAACAUAGUGUUCGGGGCGCCGCUUCACUGGUCUUGCUAAAUGUAUUUACAAGUAAACCAAGUAUUCCACAAAACACUCCACACUUUGACCUUCGUCAGAAUGACACUGUUGUUCCAGACAGCGACACCACGUACUUCUGCAAAUCUUAUGAGUUCCCUCAAUAUUCUACCAAGAAACAUGUCAUUAAGAUUGAGCCAGUCAUAUCCUCCGGUAACGACAGGGUGGUUCAUCACAUGUUGGUAUAUGAAUGCAACCGUGAUUUUCCUCGCUCAAAUCUAAGCGUGAAUGGACCAUGCUACGCAAGCAACAUGCCACCCGCUGUACAAGAAUGUACAGGAUCUUCUGUGAUAGCAUCUUGGGGCAUUGGUGGUGGGCCAUUUUACUUUCCCAAUCACACCGGAUUUGCCAUAGGAGCUGGUGUUGGUCCUCGAUACGUUAUCCUUGAGAUACAUUAUGACAACCCACAAAGGAAAUCAGGGAUCAAAGAUAGUUCUGGACUUCGUUUCUACUACACUGAUUCGCUUCGCCAGUACGAUGCAGGAAUAUUAUGGGCUGGUUGGAAUGUUGAAUUUGCUAUGAUGAUUCCGCCAUAUCAACAACAAUGGAUGACGACUGGUUAUUGUAGUGGCAUGUGUACAAAAAUUGUAAGUUAUAGAAAAGAAUAUCAAAAACAUUUACAAAUUUACCUUGCUAAACUAGAUGUGCCUACUAUUUAUUUGAUUGGUUUAGGAACUGCUCUUAAGACACGGCACGUUCGUGAUGGAAAAGAGCUACCAGAAAUAGCACGAGACGACUAUUACGACUUCAAUUACCAGGAAUUUCAUAUUUCCAGAAAGGAAACACAUAUUGCUCCGGGGGAUGAUAUCAUUGUGGAUUGCCAAUAUCAAUCUAAAGACAAGACUCGUCCAGUCACGGGUGGGCUAAAGUCAUCGGAAGAAAUGUGUAUGAGCUUUUUGUAUUACUAUCCGAAAGUGGAGCUCAAUAAAUGCCUUUCUGCUGAUUAUGGCAUGUACCCUUUCUUCAGAAAACAUUUUAACGUGAAUGGCAGUACCGUCGGAUACCCACCAGCACAAUGGACACAGAAUUUGACCAAUGAGCUCAAAGAAUCGUAUGACAAAAACCCAUAUAUUCGAUUGAAAUGCGUGUACCAAGCUGAAGUUAAAUCCCCGGUGUACAAUAACUAUACCUUGAAGCCGAUAGUCAAUGUGCCGUAUACGAAAGAAGGAGACAAUUGUCCCACAGCAAUUCCGUCGACCACCAAACCAGUUGGAGAGCCGAGCGCAGCGGGACUUCAAACCGUUGAAAUGUUUGGCGCAACGCUUGCCGCAUUCGUCGCAUUAGUACUCAACGCUUUUUAAGAUCAUUAAGCAGCUGGAUGACUACAGUCAGAUUGUUUGUUGAUUUUCACUUGAUUAUGACUGAUGCGUAAUGUUUUCCCAUUUCAAAUCCCUCCGCGAAAAAAAGAUUCUCUCUUCGAGUUUUAUAUAUAUUAUUAUAUAUAAUAUUUUCUCGAACCUUGCUGGCGAGGGAAGAAAUAAGACCCAAGGGAAUGGUGUGGUUCUGAAAUGGGAAAACAUUAAGGCCAAAUAUAUUAUUGCUAUAAGCCUUUAGAGUACCGAAGUGAGAAGUUAUCAUAUCCGAACACCAAGAAGAGAAUCAAAAAAAAAAAAAGGGGGGGGGGGCGGAGCUGAGUUUUUUAACCAACUUCGAGGUUGGUCCUCAUGAAUUAUUAAUGCCUUUUAGAAGGUUAUUGCAAACUAUUAAACUGCAUUAAUCCUUCAACGUACACCCUCCGAACUUCGAUACUCUAUUGACUUCUGUGCACGAUUGCAAGCUUGUAGGUUCAGUAAUUUGCACUUUAUUUGCUCGCACUUUAAUAUCCUAUACCUGAAUAAAACAAAAUUUGAUUGGGAAAGAAAAAAAUACGCGGAGUUCCUGUGGUUUUGGCGGGAAUUUUCCGGCCAAAAUGCGCGCGUCUACGAACGGACUGCAGUGCAGUCUCCCUGUAAUCUCCUUUACCUGUUACAGCCUCUCACGCAAGUUCACAUGAUCAGCACUAUGAAUAUAAUAUCAAUAAAAUCGUAUUAAUCAAUGAAAA